AUGACUUUUAUUUUGGAUUCUCAUUAGUCAGGUCUGACUCCAUUCGCUGUUCCUCUGAGCUAAAAGGGAGACACGUUCGUCCACUUUGAAACAAUUUCGCGGCAAAAUGCAUAUUUCAGAGAUCCCCAGUGUGUGUGUUUUCAGCAGUUGCAGACAGAUGGAGGCAGUGUUUACUAGCGCCUCUACUGGUCUGGAGGGCUUUAAGGCUCAUGCUGUGUUUCAGGAGAUUGCUAAAAAGCUGGAGGAGGAAGGUGAUAAGUACGUGAAGAAGAUUGGAGGUGUGUUUGCUUUCAAAGUAAAGGACGGCCCGGACAGCAGAGAGGCCACUUGGAUCGUAAACGUGCGUGAUGGAAAGGGCUGCGUCCACAACGACACCUCUAAGAAGGUGGACUGUACCAUCUUGAUGUCGGAUUCUGACCUGUUGGCCCUUAUGACGGGGAAGAUAAACCCCCAAACUGCGUUCUUCCAGGGAAAGUUGAAGAUCACAGGGAACAUGGGAAUGGCCAUGAAGCUCCAGAACCUGCAGCUACAACCAGGCAAAGCCAAGCUGUGAGACUCUGCCCACACAGCCCCUCCGGUACCCUCCGUCAGCGCCACUCCAACUGGGACAGAGUCGCGUCUCCUUUUUCUGUGCUUUAGCCUUCAGACCUGUGUGUAGAGCAGAACCUAGAGGACGUAGCUGAUCUACAAAUCACUAAACCCAAGAUCAGCACCACGCGACACCUGAAAUACCCCCACCUCAACACCUGAAAUACCCCCACCUCAACACCUGAAAUACCCCCACCUCAACACCUGAAAUACCCCCACCUCAACACCUGAAAUACCCCCACCUCAACACCUGAAAUACCCCCACCUCAACACCUGAAAUACCCCCACCUCAACACCUGAAAUACCUCCACCUCAACACCUGAAAUACCUCCACGUCAACACCUGAAACACUCCCACGUCAACACUUGAAACACUCCCACGUCAACACUUGAAACACUCCCACGUCAACACUUGAAACACUCCCACGUUAACACUUGAAACACUCCCACGUCAACACUUGAAACACUCCCACGUCAACACUUGAAACACUCCCACGUCAACACUUGAAACACUCCCACGUCAACACUUGAAACACUCCCACGUCAACACUUGAAACACUCCCACGUCAACACUUGAAACACUCCCACCUCAACACCUGAAAUACUCCCACCUCAACACCUGAAAUACUCCCACCUCAACACCUGAAAUACCCCCACUUCCAUGCAAAACACGUCCCUGCCUCCACACCUGAAAUACUCCCACGUCAACAUCUGAAAUACACCCACUUCCAUGCGUGACACAUCCCUGCCUCCACACCUGAAAUAUCCCCACCUCCACACCCUACAUUUUCCCCCUCAACACCCGAAGACACGUUCCGAGAUAACACUGGAUCAUUUCAAGUGGUGAAAUUACACAUUAUUUGAAAAAUUAUGUAGUACUCUAACUUUUCUAAUUAAAAAAAACAAAAUUUCAGGAGUUUAGUAGUUCUUUCUGACUCUGUAACACUAAGAACGUCCUGAUUCAUAACGAUAAUCCCGUCGUUUGAUCCAAGGACGUAGGAAAUGCCUUUUUAUUUUGACAUACGUCCUUUUGCGGUGUGUCACAAGGUCAAGAGGGGCAGAGCUUAACGUUACACAUGACCACACCACAAUACAUCACAUAACACAAUAUUAAUUCCUAGCAUGAACUGGUGAAACUCAUGAAUAAAUAAUGAGCAGCUGUUGCUUUACCCAAUCACAGUGUAAGAAAACCUUUCAGAACAUUUUGAACACAUUAUUAUCCCAACACAAGGCUAGCUGUGGACUCAGUAUCACAUUAGUGUAGACAGCUAGUGCAUGUUCGCCAUGUUACCUGCAUUAAAGCUAGCUAGCUAAAUACAUGUCUGGUUAAAGUGCAGCUAGCUGGCUAGUUUAGCUAAAUUUCUACACUGCUAUUAAGUUAUUAACCAGAAUUUUAUACUGAAGUAAAGAAAUGAAUAGAAAAGUUAGGGCUGAGUGACAUCAUGUGAUACAUCAUGUGAUCAAAUGUAACUUAAUCACCGCCUCUUCUUGGUCCUCGGAGAUCUGAAACUUAACAAAAUAACGUGACCUAGAGUGUGUGUGUGUGUGUGUUUAGGGUUUAAUAAAAGUGAUGAUAAUAUAGCAAUCUGAAUAAACUUCAGAUAUGUAUGUGAGUGUGUAAAACCACAGCCUUGUAUACAAUUUGUACUAAAUAAAAUAUUUCACAUUAACA